GUUACGAUUUUAAUGGAUGUGAAGAAAUUGAUCUUAUAGUAUAUAAGUUAUCAAGUCAAGAGAAAUCUGAUUUAUCAGAUUUGGAUAUUAUAGCAUCUACACCUUUAUUAAAAAAAAAUUAUAAAACCUGUCAAGUAAUUGUGAAACAUAUUCAAAAAUUACCUGAUAUUUUAUGGUAUCUGAAUUAUUUCAAAGAUUUUGAUUAUAUUUUGGAUGAUGGAUUAUUAAAUAUUGAAUACUUUUUAAAUUUACGUCAACAUCAUGAUGCUUAUUUAAGUAAAAAGCUUGAACACAAAAAAGUUUAA